ACAUCGCGCAGUCACCUCCACCACCAGCUCACGCUACUCACACUACUUAUACAUACGGAAGCAGCCGAGCUCGUCCGAGAGAUCGAAGAAAGGAAGCCAGCAGCAGCGAAACGCGCGAACACCACGGGAACGCGGAACAGUCUGCGCUCGACAGUCGUUGUCGAACCAUACACUGGUGCUUCGCGUUCGCUCUCCCCUCGACUUCGCACAGUGCAAUAAUCGCCUCGCCGUCAGCUCCGUCGUCCUCGUCGAGCUCCAGUGGAGGUCUGUCUCCUGCGUAGUCCAAGGGAAGGUUAAACAUUCGAGCGCAAGAACUGCACGAGAGAAGACAUGCAGUCGUCGCCUUGAUAGCAGCUAACUACCCACACACACACACACAGAGCGAGAACUAGUGAGUGAGACAGAGAGAGAGAGAAAGACAGUCGUCGCGCGGACCGUUCCUGCCUGCAGCGUCGCGCGCUCGCGCGUUUUAUAUAUCGCAUACACACGAUAUAUACAUUUUGUAUAUACAUAGUUUAUAUCUGACUUUCUCGACGUGUGUAUAAGUACACAAGCAGUGCAAGGAGAGAAAGACAAGCACGUGUGAGAGGCUGCGAGAUAAGAAAGAGAGAGAAGUUGGUUGUAGAGAAGAGAGACAGCAGCCGCAGUAGUAGCAGCCAUGGCGCAGCCGACGAGCAGCGCGCUCAGGGCUUUAGCCCUGGAAUACAAGAGCCUGCAGGAGGAGCCAGUCGAGGGCUUCCGCGUGAAGCUCGUCAACGAGGACAACAUGUUCGAGUGGGAAGUCGCGAUUUUCGGACCACCGGAUACGCUAUAUCAGGGCGGAUACUUUAAGGCACACAUGAAGUUCCCACCGGACUACCCGUACAGUCCGCCGAGCAUCCGCUUCAUGACCAAAGUCUGGCAUCCGAACGUGUACGAGAACGGCGAUCUCUGCAUAUCCAUCCUGCAUCCGCCAGUCGACGAUCCCCAGAGCGGCGAACUUCCCUGCGAGAGGUGGAAUCCGACGCAGAACGUCAGAACGAUUCUGCUGUCGGUGAUCUCGCUGCUGAACGAACCCAACACUUAUAGUCCGGCCAACGUGGACGCCUCCGUGAUGUACAGGCGCUGGCGCGACUCCAAGGGUCGAGACAAGGAGUAUGAGAAUAUCAUCAGAAAGCAGGCGCAGGCAGCAAAGGUCGAGGCGGAGAAGGAAGGCAUAGUAGUGCCGGUGACCCUCGAGGACUACUGCAUCAAGACCCGGGCGAGGCCUGCGGAGCAGCAGCUCGACAUGACGGACUUCUACGACGAUGAGUACGAGCUCGAUGACGACGAUGACGACGACGAGGAGGAGCACCUUAGCGCGAGCGACUACGAGGACGGCGAUGACAGCGGCAACGGCGAGUCGUGAUCCAUCUCCUAAAGCGAAUCGCCGCCGACCAAACGCUACCGCUGCUCAUGAUGAUGAUUAUUGUGUUUAACAUCACACUCGCCCCCCCCCCCCCCAUACCCUAUAGGAAUACACCCACACGAUCACACAUGAGAGCACUCGGCGAAAGAUUAACCCCGUCGAAUGUUUGAUUGAAAAAAAAAGAAAUGAAAACGUUCGACGGGGAUUAGUUUCAGUUCGGUGCACCCACACACACUAUUUCCGUCUCUUGGUUCUCCAUUGGCUGUCCUCUGAGACACUAUACACUUACACGUAUACACGACAGAUGAGAUUUUCCGUGCUCUUCGGCAGGGGCGAGGACAGCUCGGCGCUCGACUCGGUCGCAGAAGAGAGUAUAACGAGCUUUACACCACCACACUCUUGUACACGUCACCUAGAUAUGAUGAUAUACACGUUGUGAUCGAAGAAACAUCGGGCGUGUGACGACUCCGUUCCGAGCUUAUUAUUAUACAUAAUAUAAAAAAAAAAUUAAAAUAAUGUACACCACGCAAACACACACGUACACACAGACACACUUUGAAUCACGUGUAUAUGUAAGACGUGCCUCCGCUUCGCGACCAGAGUCGGCUCGAGCGCUAUACUUUAGGAAAAUUAUCUAUAUCGUAAUCUGCAAUUUUCAUUGCUUCUCUCACACCUUAUAGUUUUAAUUGAAAUUUUCUUUGUUCUUCACUCGGCCAUCCCUGACCUCUAUAUCCCGCGAUCCUUUAUAUACCCGUCCCUUUAUCUAUCAGUCCAAUUCUCCCGUAUCCAUAUGUCUCUCUUUCUCUAUUCUCUCUAUAUUUCAUAAUUAAUAUUUACUGUAUUACGUCUACUUUGUAGCGGUAACGAAUAUAUCUAUGUAUUCCCGAUAUUCUCCGUGCAUUACGUUGCCUCAGCGCCAACGUUAUAUAGUUUAGGUCGUAAUUUUGCAAAGGAUCUCUAUCUCCAAGACACUAAACCUCGAGUUUAUCGAUUUUCGCGAGAACCAGCCUUUUUAUUUCUAUGAUUAUCCGACAAUGUUCUAGCAAACGAUGAAAAAAAAAAACAAACAAACAAACAUGAGAAACAUGUAAGGAAUCAGAACAGAAGUGAAUCAAAGGCGUUGAACGAUGAGUUAUUUAGUAUGAUUUGUAUGACUCUUAAUUGUAAAUAUAUCGUGCGUUAAUAAAUUACUUCAUGUUUAUAAA